AUGGCCGAUCCGGAGCCACGUCGCUCUGUUCGAAGCACAAAAGGCCAACACAAAGCGCUAGAGCAACUCGGCCAACCAGUCGAAGCCAAGAGAAGAGGGAGGAAGGCAGGAAAAAAGUCGGAUGAUAAGCAGGAUGAAUCUGAGGAAGAGGUUAUUCGCUGCGUUUGUGGCGCCACUGAGCAGGACGGUGACCCUGGCGAGCCAUGGAUUGCGUGCGACAGGUGCGGCGCUUGGCAACACAAUGUCUGCAUGGGCAUGAGCGUUUACAGCGAAGACCUUGCGAAGGAUUAUUUCUGCGAGCAGUGCAAACCCGACAACCACAAAGAGCUUUUGAAUGGUAUGGAACACAACGAAAGGCCUUGGGAGGAACGGCGUAAGCUUUACGAAGAAGAAAAGGCAUCCGGGAAAAAGAAGAGGGGUGGGCGAAAGGCGAAGCCCAAGCGAAACAGUGACAUCCGGGAAGACUCUGCCAAAGCGUCCCCGCCGCCUGAGCUGAAGAAAGACCAGAAACUAGCCGCAGGAAUCAAGCGAAAGUCAAGAUCAGGUUCCGAAGAUCAGGAGGUGAAGGAGACUCAAAAGCGAAAAUUGGCCGAGAAAAAUAACUACCCAAUUUAUAUUCCACCCGACGACCUACCGGAAAAUAUUACGGGCCUUCUCGAUGCACGUCAGCCUCCUGCUCGCGGUCUCUUCCGAGCCAUGUAUGAAGUUCUUGGUGGGCUUCAUAAGAAAGGCGAAAUUACUUUGGUGGACGAUGAGACAGUUGAGUUGGUAGCAGAACGAUUCGCCAUCCAGAUUGAAAGGGCUGUGCACGAUGAACAUCCCAGCCACAAAGAUUACGGCGCGCAAAUACGAACGCUUCGCUUUAAUCUGAAGGAAAAUCCCGAUUUAAGCACUCGACUGUUGGCGUCGACGCUGACACCCCCGAUGCUAGCAGUCAUGACAAGCGACGACCUAGCGUCCAGUGAGCUGCAACGGAAGACUGCAAAAAUGAAAGCCCAAGCUGAAAGACAGAGCAUUCUGGGAACGGAAGACAACGCUCCUCGUCUCAGACGCACGCACAAGGGGGAGGAGCUGGUUGAGAAGGACAAUACUAGUCUGAUCAGCGAGGACAAACCGCCCUCGUUGCGGCGACAGAGUAAUCGAGAGGCUUUGAUUGCAAAACCUCAAGUCCACGAGCAACACAAGAACGCCGUUGAACCCCAGGUACAUUCUGGACAAAGGCAAGCAUCGAUAAAGGGAAGUUUGCACAUCGAAACACAGAACGAUUCUGCUCGAGGAGGCUUCGAUAUAAAAAAGGUAUUCUCGAGUGUUCGGUCCCCGAUUACGCCGCACGCACAGCGGUCGUCAUACUCGCAACCACCUACUGGCAGCACCGGACCUGGGGCAGAUCCCGAGGUCGACCGGCUUUUACAGGACGAUGGGGAUGAGUCGCCACCAUAUUCUCCGUCGGAUGAUACAGACCCUGAUAUCGUUUGGAAAGGGAGUGUUGCCAUGAACAUGGUAGCAAACUUUCAAGCAACCGCCCGGCAUAUCGGAGGAGUCAACCUCACCACAACUAUCGGUCUACCAUGGAGCACGCUUAUUCCCAAAGCCCUCACCGUAGCUGGGCGCAUUGACGAACAGAUUGCGACAGAAUACUUGUGUAGCUUACGAUACAGCGCACCUACUGAUGUUACUGUGGCCAGCUUAUCCCCGGCCACCGAUGCAGCAACAUCUGGAUUUCUUUCAUUGGUUGAUUACUUCACUGCAAGGAAGAGAUACGGGGUUGUUGGAGAGAAGGGUGUCGGCAACGUCCGCGACACCUAUCUUGUUCCCGUACCAGCCGGAACAAGUAGUCAUCCAGAGUUCAUGCUAAAUCUGGAGGAUAACUUUAUACCUGUCUCAAGAGCAGCCCCUAUGUUGUUACUGGUUGUUGUCUAUCGGAACGAUGAAGCGGCCAUGGAGAGGCUUCGAGGACCAAAUUGGGCCCGGCACUACGGCUACGACGGCUCUCAAAAUUGCCAGCGACGCCCCACGAAAUCCUUCGUCUACAACCCCUUUAUCGGGAUCCGCGUUAUGUUCCCAGCCUGCACCUGUCCAAACGGCAUGUGUGCCACUUCAAGCGCCACAUACAAGCUCAGGCCUACCAGCUGUGUCCCCAGUUAUUGA